CUUCAGCCAAUCACAGGCUUUGGCUGGCGCAUUGAUACAAGCAAAUAGAACGCCGUAUGUUUUUGAAUUCCACAUAGAGCCUUAGCCCAUAGAUGCCUUGUAUUGCGGAGCUUGGCACUGGAGUAUUGAACUGAAGCAUUGGCGUUUGACGACUGAACAGAUGGAUGGAGGUGCUGGCGCUAAACCUUAUUUGACAUCCACUACUUUGUGCCGACCACGUUGCUGAGCACUUCAGGUGGAUUUCCUAAGAACAGUAGGAAACCGCAUAAACAUGGCCUCAGCCUCAUCUAGCAGCGAAAGUGAGUCGCAAAGCGUGCUUACCUGGGAGCAAGUGAGCCGCUUGAACGACGUGCUGACCGAGGUCGUGCCAGUCCACGGACGUGGCAACUUCCCCACCCUGGAGGUCCGGCUAAAGGAUAUUGUACAGAUGGUGAGGAACCGUCUGGAGCUGAGGGGCAUUACAGUCAAAGAUGUGCGUCUGAAUGGCUCCACUGCCAGCCACGUGCUGGUAAAGGACAUUGGCUGGAGCUACAAAGACCUGGACGUCAUCUUCAGGGUAGACCUUCCUCGGGAAGAGGAGUUCCAGCUCAUCAAAGAUGUGGUUCUAGGCACUUUGUUAGACUUUCUGCCUGAGGGGGUGAACAAAGAGAAGAUCACUCCUAUGACUCUGAAAGAGGCCUACGUCCAGAAGCUGGUCAAAGUCUACACGGAGCAGGACCGAUGGUCCCUCAUCUCGCUGUCCAAUAACAAUGGCCGCAAUGUGGAACUUAAGUUUGUGGACUCGAUCCGGAGACAAUUUGAGUUCAGCGUGGACUCCUUCCAGAUCAUUUUGGAUUCUGUGCUAUCGUACUAUGGCCUUUCAGAAAACGCCAUGUCUCGGCACUUCCACCCUACUGUGGUCGGGGAGAGCGUGUACGGUGACUUUGCCGUGGCUCUGGACCACCUCAGGAACAAGCUGAUCGCCACCAAGCGGCCGGAGGAGAUCCGCGGAGGUGGUUUGCUCAAAUACUGCAACCUCCUGGUGAGGGACUUCAGGCCCACGGACGAAGACGAAUUUAAGGCCCUGGAGCGCUACAUGUGCUCCCGUUUCUUCAUUGACUUUCCCGACAUUGGUGAGCAACAGCGCAAACUGGAGGCUUAUCUGCAAAGCCACUUUGUCGGUGAGGAGAAGAACAAGUACAACUACCUCAUGAUCCUGCGGCGGGUCGUGAACGAGAGCACCGUGUGUCUCAUGGGACAUGAGAGGCGGCAGACACUCAACCUCAUCUCGCUGACGGCGUUUCGGGUGCUCGCCGAGCAGAAUGCCAUACCUGAUGCGUCCAACGUUACCUGCUACUACCAGCCGGCUCCGUAUGUCAGAGACCUGAACUUUAACAACUACUAUGUGGCCUCUUGUAACCAGUCCAUUCCAACUUGGUUGCCUUGUAACUAAGACACAAAAUGCUUGUUCAACAACAAGAUCCAUGAAUUGGCUAGGAAAGCCAGAUAUUUGGCCAUAAGGGAUGCUUCCCUCUGUAGGCAUAAAGGAUAUUUAAAAUGACAAAUGUUUCCUUUCUUUUCUUUCCUUUUUGUUUUUUUUUUUCCUUUUAAUUCCUUCUCUGCAGAGGUGCCAAGACAUUUCUGAUUCAAAGUGAUAUAUUUUAGUGAUUGAAUUCAUUUUUUUUUUUUUUUUUUUUUUUUUUUUUUUUUUUUUUACACCUUAAUAUUCUAAAGUUUCAGAUUUGUUUAUUGCUCUCAUUGCUGUCCCUGCUCUGAGAGAUUCGUUUUUUUUUUUUUUUUUUUUCAAUGUUGAAGAGAAACAAUUCCCACAGUGCCUUAAUUAUAACCCUAAAAGUGAAGAAAAUGCAUAUUGGGGCAAAGUUAUAUUUUUCCUGUGAUACAAAAUAUAAAGGCCAAAAAAAUAAAAAUAAUAAUAAUGUUCUUUGAAAUUCAGAGGGAAAAAAAAAAUACAAAAAAUGGAGAGAAAAAGAUAUGAAAAAUGUGAGCACAGGUGAAAUAAGUAUUUUAGGUCUCAAGUUAUCAGGAGAUUUUGAUUGUUUUUUGGUACACUAGUGGGCAGCUAAAGUUCUUUUUUUUGUUCUCAUGAAUAGAAAUGUGAACAGAAUCAUGUUGAAGUAUUCAUAGCAAUGCGCUUCAGUUUGCUGUGUGAAUGCAUACAGAUGACUUGUGUUCAACUGUACAUUUUUGGGAAAUUGUGCAGUUUGUAAACUUGUUUAGUCUUGCUAGUUACAUCCAGGGUGAGAAAUUGAAAUUGGUUGCAGCGUGUACAAAAAGAUGAUUUGUUCUCAUCCCAUAGAGCAGAGAGAGCAGUAAAAAGUCAUUUUAAUGAACUAGAUUAAUAAGGAACCUUUGAUCUAGUGGUUUAAUCUUCCUUCAUCUCUCAUUAACAUUGCGUACAUGUUUAAAUGGGACCGAGAGGUCAUGGUUGUCCAUACAAGGAUCAACUGUUGGAUGAUCAGUCCUCCUGAGCUUUUUGCAGCCAUUAGCAGACUUAGCACUGCUGUAUGUAACAAGACCUCCAGCUAACAGCCUAGCCAAAUGGUGUCACGGCGCUCUAAAAUUAUCCCUUCCUGCACCUCUCGGGAUGUGCCUUGAAUGGACACCGUAUGGGGUGGAAUUUUUUAGUGGGGCGACUGUCUUUCCCGUGCUUCUCACUUGCGUCACUGUAGAUGAGAGGUGAACGUUGGUAUGUCACAAGGCCUUUUCUGGUAAUUGAGGUGUGGGAGGGUUCACAGCUGUAGCAGUGGGAUAUACCCAUGCGUGGACGUAAAAGCCUGUUGGUAUGGAUUCCUUUCCAGGUUUGGAUCUAAUCGAUGUUGCUGCUCUUGAUCUUUAUUGGGCUUCAGUGUCUCCUGUCUUAGUCCUUUUGUCAGUGAAUUUGAUGUAAUGGCUUCAAGGAACAUUUGCAAUUGUCAGUUGGAUAAAAUCAAUUCCAAGGUUUAUUUUGUACAUUUAGACAGUAUUAAAUUGUGACCCCCCCCCCCCAUCAUGCACACGUGUAGUUCCUCUUUCGACAGUCGUCCAUUCAGAGAAGUCUAGUACUCCGCUAGCUGCUCUUACGUAAUGGCUGACAGCUGCCCCCUGCCCCUCAGGUUUCGUCUCUGCUCACGCGCCACAGCUCCUGCUGCUUCAGCUUGUACAAGCACAUGCACAAGAUAACCAUGAGAGCCACGUUCCUUCUCUUAUCUGUUGUCACAGACUUCUAGGGUAAUGAGAAGGGUCACAUAGCCUCCCUUUCAGUGGGUCACACCCCAAAGCGUAUUGAUCUGGAAUGGAUUUUACUCUUGGGGGUUUUUUUUUUUUUUUUUUUCUUGGGCCCCCCUACACCUUUGUAUAUUUUUGGGACAUGCAGACUUUGGACCAAUGUUUGAACCAGCAACACCGCACAUAUGUGCCUUUUUUUUUUUUUUUUUUUUUUUUUUUUUGUGGUUUAGCUUAUGACAGUAUGUGAAAUGCAUGUAAAGACCUUGUAGCUCAAUCCUCUCUGGUUUCAGAACAAUUUGGUUUCAUUAAAUAAAGGUGGAGGAUGAAUGACAGACAACUAAGAAUUAUUUUUAUUUUUUUGUCCAAGUCAUACCUUAUCAACUCAUGUCACACUCUGAGUGUAGUUGUCUAGUUAUUCCAAUUAUAAUUUUCAUGUCUCUUCUACAUCAUCCUCCUAACCAAAGCAAGUACUGUGCGUUACACAGCGUUUUCAAAAUCUCUAAGGCCAAUAUUGUUAAAAUACCCUUGUCAAUAAAUGCACUUUACUGGCCUUGUCAUACUCCAAAGCCCUGUGAACACAAGCUUUAAGAUGGUUUUUUUUUUUUUUCGUCUCAGGGACAUAAAGGGCUACAGUGUGUCUUGAUGAUAACAACUUCUGUUCAGCAAACGUCCUGAAAAGUAAAAGUUUAACUGUUUGAAAUGCUUUGUCUUACAACUGAGAUAUUAAGGAAAAUGUCAGCGCACCAGGAACAAGUACUUCUGUUUCAGAACUGGUUUUCCUUCCUUUUGGUUUCCCCUUUUUUUUUUUUUUUUUUUUUUAUAUAAAGGGCACUUGUAUGAUCUGUAGUUGUUGGCCAGCAUAAUUAAUCUUGCCUUAAUCUGUUUUUUUUUUUUUUUUUUUUUUUUUUCAUGUGUAUUAGAAUCUUAAAAAAAAAAAAAAAAAAAAAUCAAAGAAAUAUGGCUUUUGUUUAGUAUGCUUUUUAUCUUUUAUCCAAAUGCGCUUCACUUGGAUAAGGCCUGGUGUGAUGAGGCUUGGCUCAUUUCCUGUUUGAAGUCUGUGUAAAGUAUGUUUCACGGAAAGGGAGUGUUGAAAAUGGGGAAAACAUGCUUUUGUGUGUUUUGAAUUCAUAUUGUUUUAUUUUCUUUGUCCCCUCUGUCAGCUGUAAUUCCAUAUUCCCCAGUGUUACCCUUUAUUCUUUAGACAAAGGUGUUGGAGCUUUUGUAACCGCUCUGUGUGUGUGUGUGCGUGUGUGCGCGUGUGCGCGCGCAGGGGAGGUUUAUUGCAUUUGGAUGUGCUUGUCUAAAGUGCAAGUCUUGAUGAUUGAGGCCUUUUGAAGCCCUUUUGCAACGUUGCAAGUAGAGUUGUGGAUUUCAGCACAUUGUUUACUACUUUUUUUUUUUUUUUUUUUUUGUGAUUAUUUGUCUUGUUUGUCUGUGAGGAUGCUAAUUGUGAGUUUAAAAAAAAGUGAAAAAUGGAAGUCGCACUUAUUUUGAAGUUAUGUCGGCUCUCUGAUGUCGGCGUGGUGAUUUAAUGAUGUAAAUUCAUUAUGCCAUUUUGUUUCUAAGCACUUUUACCUCACUAUAAUUUUCCUUUGGAUGGAAUUGAGAAUAAGGAAAAUGUGUAUGAAGGGGAAAAUAAUAAAGUAUUCAAAGCCCA